AUCUUUUAAAAGUAGCAGUUACAGUUACAGUCCGGAGAGGCUGUUUGGAGAGGUCCGCACCCUGUUUUUCAUUCUUUCACUUUCUCCUUUACCUCGGGACUUUCCAGCUGAAAGGAGGCGACGAGAUCUGUUCAGGAACCAUGGCCCGUAAAUCUGAUAUUCCUCUUUUUGGAUCCUCGGUCAACAUUGUGAAACAAUGUGGACCUGCUCUGAGUGAUAUCCUUGACAGCAAAUUUGGAUGUGUGGCCAACUUUGAAGGUGUGGAUUUUGAGAGCGAUAUGACCUUUGGACAGCAGAAAAGGUGGACUGCUCUCCCAGAGAAGAGGCUUUCUAUCAGACUUCCUGCAGGUGUUACAGUGUCUGUGUGGAAGGCUGAUCUCACCACUUUUAAAGUAGAUGCUGUUGUCAAUGCUGCCAACUCCAAGCUUCAGCAUGGUGGUGGCCUUGCUUAUGCUCUGUGUGAAGCUGGUGGUCCUCAAAUCCAAACAGAGAGUGAUUUUUACAUCCAGAAACAUAAUUUCUUACAAACAGGAGACGCAAUUGUCACUAAUGCUGGGCGUCUACCAUGCAAGAAGAUAAUUCAUGCUGUGGGUCCAGAUUUGACGUAUAACCCCUCUCAUAAUGAAGUUUUAGACGCUAAACCACUGUUGGAGAAAGCAAUUAGGAGCAUUCUUUACAGAGUUAAGGAAAAUCAUCUGGACACUGUUGCCAUUCCAGCUAUAAGCUCUGGAUUGUUCAACUACCCCCUGCCAGAAUGUGCAAACACCAUCGUAUUAGCUGUCAAAAACUACUAUGAAUACUCUCCUCAAGUACAUCUUCCUAAGGAGAUCUUGUUUGUGAACCAUGACGAGCCAACGGUCGGAGAAAUGGAGAGAGCCUGCCGUCAGAUUCUAGCCCCCAAACAAUCCAACCAGCCCAUGUCAUACAGCCAGGCAGCAGGAAGCAACACCAGACAUGCUGCUGAAUCAGCAAAGUUUACUGUCCAGAUUGGUAGUGUUAUUCUGACACUGAAGAAGGAUAACGUUGAGGAUCAGAAGACAGAUGUCAUUGUAAACACAACGUCACCAGACCGAGACUUGAGAGUGGGUAAAAUCUCCUCUGCGUUGUUGAACAAAGCUGGAUUUGAAAUGCAAAAAGAAAUAAAAAAGGCCACUCAGACAAAUCAUGUCAUCAUCACAAGACCCCACAGGUUGGGUUGUAAAGAGGUGUAUCACACAUUUUGCAUGGACAAGACAAAAAAUGGCGCAAGCCAGUUCCUUUACACCUCGGUGUUGGAUUGUUUGUGGAUGGCAGCAUUAAACAAACACAAGUCAAUUGCCUUUCCUGCAAUCGGCACUGGAGCCCUCGGGUUCUCUAAACACGAAUCUGCACAGAUCAUGUCAGAUGCAGUGGUCAACUUCGCCCAAAAGUUUCCAGAGAAGAUGGAAGUUUGCUUUGUCAUCUUUCCUGCUGACAAUCACACAUUUCAGGUUUUUAAGGAAAAAAUGACAUCUCUCCAGCAAAGUGCCUCUCAUUCCAGCUUCACACAAGCAUCUAACAACAAAGAUGACUUAAGUUUCAACAGAGCUCCACAGAUCAGUCUGAGUGGCCCAUCUGAAGAAUCAAAACGGGAGGCUAAAAAGUGGCUCAUUGACCUCUUUACAUCUUCUCGUACCAUUGAUAUCUGCAACAACUUCAUCCAGCACCUCAGUGAGAAGGAGUAUCAGCAGCUGUCUCGUCUAACUAAAAAGGGUGUUAAGUUUGAGGAGUUUUUGACGAAUGGUCAUGCAUGCCUAACAGUAGAUGGCGGUUCAGUUGAGGAUGUUGUAGUUGCUGCGUUGCAGGUGGAAGCCAUGCUCUGCACUGUCCAGAAGGAGUUUGUUGCACAGGAGGAGAAUGAAAUGUGCCUGCUGUUAGCUGAUAAAGCACCUCAUGAACGAGAAAGAAAAACAAAGACUGUUGACGACACAAGCCCAGAGUUCAAAGAACGAUACUCUGCCUUCAAUCAUGAGGGGCUGAGAAUAUUAAAGGUGGACAGAGUGGUGAACCCUUCUCUGGAGAUGCUGUUUGACCUCAAGAAAAAACAGCUGCACUGCUCGUCUCCUGAGGAAAUGUUUCAGUGCAUACCUGCACAGUUCUGUGAGAUGGUUAGCCAAAUUGGAUUCCAUGCAGAGUGUGCACCACCUGAAGACCCAAAAUAUGGAGAGGGCAUCUACUUUGCUAGGACAGUGAAGAAGGCCAUGGACGUUUGGAGGAGGCAAAAGGAUGAGUAUCUGUACUUUGUGGAGGCUGACGUGCUGACAGGAAAGUCCACCCGUGGUGAGGCAGGUCUCAUUCUGCCACCUGCUAUGAAGACAGAUCCCCUCGUUAGGUCUGGCAGCGUGAACGGAGGGCCUGACAUCACUGUCAUAUUCAGUGGUUAUCAAGCCCUGCCCAGGUACAUUAUCACCUGCGAGAAAAAGCCUUAUGCUCAACGAGUCUGAAGGGAAUCAUUAAUGAACAUAUUUACUAUGAGAAAGAAAUAGCUUUUUAUUAUUCAUAGACUCAGUGUAACAGAGAUUAGUAGCAAAACAUGAAGGACUUGCUGAUAAUGGGCUUAUUUUUCUCAUAUGUUAACGCUACAUCUGCAGCAGCAACUUUAUUUUAUUUUUCCUUUUUGGGUUAUCAAAAAUUUCUCUUUAUAUUAGCAGAAUUUUUGCAAGGAGUGGAACCAAUCAUAUAUAUAUAUCAAUCAAGAUUGAGCCUAAAAAUGUAUUUUCUUUUAUCAACAUUGUACUUUUUACAUUGAAAAGGGAUCAUCUGUUUAGUGGCACUCCAUGACAUCAUACACUUAAACAUGAUUUAAGCAGUGAAUACUACAAUAAAUCUGAAAGGUCUGCAGUCUAGCUCUGCUUGGGCCUAAAACAAUGGUGUGGGUGAACUUGAUGAUAAAGUCACAAAACUGAUAAAAGUAGAGUGGGUCAUAAUAGAUAUGAGGGCUGAUGUUUCAGUUUUCCUGGUGUUGAUGUCAAAGUAAAACAAACAUUUUGUUUUAAGAAUCUUGAACUGUCUUAUAUUUUGUAAUUGUAACAAUACUUAAUGGAAUAUGGAAAAACAUUAUUAUUAAAACACAG